UUUUAAGAUUAGUAUAAGUAUCUUUAUUCAUGUAAUGUUGAACGGCGGUUUUUGAUUAAUAAAAGAGAAUUUCUUCUCAAACAAGUCUUAAGAACUCGUCUUCUUUCUCACGAGUAAGAUAUAAUCCUAACUGGAUUUGGAACUCUGUCCUAUUCUCACGAGUAAAGCAUGUCCUCUGUUUUCUCUAUAUAUACACUAUGAUAUAGAAGAAACUUCACAGCAAAUCUAUGGAGGAGGAAGGCACUUUAGUACCAUCCGGCGACAUGUACAGGCUUUACUUUAAGGGUUUAGUAAGCGAGGAAACGUCGCAGUUAUUGGCGGGAUUUGGGGUUGCAAUUUGCGACCAAGACGAUAAGCUCUUGUUUCAGAUGAAGGGACCAAUUCAUGGCUCGGACAUUACGGUUUUGGAAGCUGAGCUUACGGCAUUGAAACGAGGACUAACCGCAACCGUGAAGUUGGGUCUAGAUCAUAUCUCAAUCUGUUGCGAUCAUAAUCAUAUUUACGAAUUGGUCAUGGGGAGAUCCGUCCCGGAGCAAGAUAACAUUGCCAUGCUAAUGAAUGAUGUGCAACGCAUGAGACAACAAUUGUCAUCUAGUAAUCCCAUUCUGGUGACUAGAGAUCAAAUUAGCUUUGCUUAUAAGCUUGCAAUGGAAACAGUAGCUUCGGAUAUCAGCAUACGUAUGCCUGCGACUUGCAGCAUCUGUUUCAAUGAUGAUUUGGAAGCUGAGCAGAUGUAUUCUGUUCCCUUAUGCGGUCAUCAAUUCUGUGUCGAGUGCGUGAGACGACAUAUAGAAGUGAGGCUACUCGAGGGAAGUGUACCGACAUGUCUUCAUUAUCAAUGCGAGUCUAAGCUAACUCUUAGAAGUUGUGACAAUCUUUUAACACCUAAACUAAAAGCGAUAUGGGAACAAAGGAUCGAAGAGGAAUUGAUUCCUGUGCCGGAUAGAGUUUAUUGUCCAAAACCGACGUGCGCGGGAUUAAUGUCGAAAACCGAGCUUUCUACCUCAACUGAAGAAGAUGAAGGUAGUAGGAGUUGUUGUGUCAAAUGCGGUGAACCCUUUUGCAUCAACUGCAAAGUUCCGUGGCAUAGUAACUUGUCAUGCGAUGAUUACAAGAGAUUAGGUCUGAAUCCUACAACAAAUGAUGAAAAACUAAAAGUUCUAGCAAAUCAGAAAAUGUGGCGUCAAUGUGAAAAGUGCAAACACAUGAUCGAACUUUCGAAAGGAUGCAUCCAUGUAACUUGCAGAUGUGGAUAUUCGUUUUGCUACACAUGCGGAGCCGAAUGGAACGAAAAAGGUUGCCCUCAUCAGAAAAAGCUGGACGCGGAUAUAUGUCGUUUUGUUACAACAUGUGUUAGUAUUCUCGUUUUGCUAACAAUUUCAAUUGUCGGUGUUAUAAUUUUUCUCAUUUUGCAUUAUGGUAAAAAAUAAUCGGUUUUGUAGACA